AUGCCGGUGAGCCCUCACGUGAGGAACUGUCGACCUCACGCAGCCAACUUCAUAUCCGUCAACUAACUGACUCCCACCAGCUCCUGCUCAUAUCCGGCUACCCAUCCUCAGGCAAAACCUACCGCUCCAACCAACUGAAACAAUACUUCGACCACAAGAUCUCCCAGGCUCAAGCCUCCGCAGACCCCAAGGACAGCCACAUCAAGCGCCUCAAGACCAUCCACAUCUCCGACGACGCCCUCUCGCUAUCCCGCGAUGUCUACGCCGCCGCCUCGCGUGCCGAAAAGGACGCGCGGGCAACUUUCUCCUCGGCCAUCAAGCGUGUCCUGACAAAGGACACCCUCGUGAUCGCCGACGGGAUGAACUACAUCAAGGGCUUCCGCUACCAGCUCUACUGCGAAGCCAAAGCCGUCCAGACGACUUCCUGCGUCGUCCACGUCGGCACACCCGCGGAGCAAUGCAGGCAGUUUAACGAGCAGACAGAAGCCUAUCCGCCUGAAGUCUUUGAGAAUCUGGUCUUUCGGUACGAGGAGCCGAAUGGCAUGAAUCGAUGGGACGCACCGCUCUUCACCGUUCCCAUCGAUGAUGCGGCGCCACCGUGUGAGGCGAUCUGGGAGGCGAUGGUGGGAUCGGAUGGCAAGGCGAAAGUGGUGAGACCGAAUGCUGCUACGGUGUUGAAGCCUGCGGCGGAACAGGAUUACCUCUACGAGUUGGAUAAGACGACGUCCGAUAUCAUCACUCGUAUAACCGUCUGGUUGCAGGAUCACGCGGGAGAGGGAGGCGGCGAGCUUGCGGUGCCAGAGUCAGAGCAGAGCGUCACAUUGCCCGCCACGGCCCCUUCUCUGCCGCAACUACAGAGAUUGAGGAGGCAGUUCAUUGGGCUGAAUCGACAGCACACGCUCAGCAAGAGCAGAAUUCGUGACUUGUUCAUACACUAUCUGAAUGAUGCCUUUCAAUCCUGA